CCACCAGGGCUACCUGGUUUAGAUGGAAAGCCUGGCAGUGAUGGAUUGCCUGGAGAAGAUGGUCCACCUGGAGCAGAUGCACCGGCUGGUGGUGGGCCAACGGUGACCGAGAUGUGUUUCAAUUGCCCACCUGGUCCAAUGGGUAGACCUGGUCGACCAGGACCCAAAGGACCUCCUGGCCCUCCUGGGCAACCCGGUGUCAUGGGCAUGGCUCUCCCUGGUCCACCUGGACCACCGGGACCUCCUGGACUUCCUGGCGAAGACGGUCCACCUGGUCUUCCCGGUCUACCCGGGAAGCCUGGCGGUAUGAAUGGUGGCCCUCCGAUAAUGGGACCUCCUGGACCACCUGGCCCACCUGGACCACCAGGACCUCCAGGAUUACCUGGAGAACCUGGAGGAGCAACAGCGGGUAUCCCAGGUCCUCCUGGAGAUAUGGGUGCACCUGGAGCUCCUGGAUUUCCCGGACCUCCCGGACCACCAGGUCCUCCUGGAGGAGCGGGUAGUAGCGGAAUGUGUGAUCAUUGUCCACCACCAAGGCUUUCACCUGGAUAUUAA